AUGUACCACACCGUCCUUACCAAUUCCUUUAUUGUCACACAACACCUAACUCCACUCACUACUAGAUUUUUCUUCCAUGCUUAUUCUAUUGUCUAUGAUGUAAAUGGCACUCCGAUGACUCUCUCCCUAGGACACACAACAAGAACCUCCUCCAACGUUCCACCUUUAACAUUGUUCCUGCGACACUAUACACAUUCACCACUGCCACAUCAACAUGGCCCGUGCUGCGUCUUCUCCGCCACCAAGCUUCGCUGUUUCCAUUGGAGACGACCACCGCAAAGAAGAGGAGAGCAAGUGCGCUUACCUUGUGGUAGCUCUCUGCCCUUGUCUCGUUUGCUUCGUGCUUCUCUUAAUUGCACUUUCCAUCAUUCUCGUUGUCAAAUUCCAUUUCUUUUGCCACACUCCUCUCCAUUCCUUGCUCUACAAAAAAAAUUGCUGAUUCCCCAUCUGGGCUCUUUUUCCGCCUUACCGUUUUCCCCAUUUCAUGAAAAAUUUCCGUAUUUGAACAAUCCUAGGACAUUUGCUAGUGAUGCUGAUUCUGGGGUUGAGGAAGAUUGUGAUGGUAGAGGUGUUAGGGGUGAAUCAUGUGCAGAUCUUGAUGAGGUUGUUAGGGUAUGCAAGGUGAUUGAUGAAUUGUUUGCGUUAGAUAGGAACAUGGAGGCGGUUCUUGAUGAAUGUGGGGUUCAAUUGUCGCAUGAUUUGGUCGUGAAGGUGCUGCAAAGGUUUAAGCAUGCUAGGAAACCGGCUUUUCGGUUCUUUUGUUGGGCUGGGAAGAGGGCUGGGUUUGCUCAUGAUUCUAGAACUUAUAAUUGCAUGAUGAGUGUUCUGGGGAGGACUAGACAAUUUGAGACCAUGGUGGCAUUGCUUGAGGAAAUGGGUGAGAAGGGUCUUUUGACAAUGGAGACUUUCUCCAUUGCUAUCAAAGCCUUUGCUGAAGCAAAGCAAAGGAAGAAGGCUGUAGGGAUCUUUGAUCUGAUGAAGAAGCAUGGGUUUAAAGUGGGCGUGGAUGUGAUUAAUUUCUUGCUUGAAAGUCUUGGCGUUGCUAAACUUGGUAAAGAAGCACAAGCCGUUUUUGAGAAAUUGAGAGAUAGAUUUACGCCCAAUUUGCAAACUUACACCAUACUUCUUAGUGGUUGGUGCAGGUUGAAAAACUUGUUGGAAGCAGGGAGGGUGUGGAAUGAGAUGAUUGAUGGUGGAUUUCAGCCGGAUAUUGUUGCACACAAUGUUAUGCUUGAAGGGUUGUUGAAGUGUAAGAAGAAGUCCGAUGCAAUCAAGUUGUUUGAAAUCAUGAAGGCCAAAGGUCCUUCACCCAAUGUUCGGAGUUAUACAAUUAUUAUACAAGACUUCUGCAAACAAAAGAUGACGGGAGAAGCUAUAGAAUAUUUUGAUGAAAUGGUAGAUCGAGGGUGUCAACCAGAUGUUGCACUUUACACGUGCUUGAUCACUGGGUUUGGGAGGCAGAAAAAAAUGGAUAUGGUAUACAAUCUACUGAAGGAAAUGAGGGAAAGAGGUUGUUCACCUGAUGGGAGGACAUACAAUGCUUUGAUAAAAUUGAUGACUAGCCAGCAUAUGCCAGAUGAUGCAGUAAGAAUAUACAAGAAAAUGAUUCAAAGUGGCAUCGAACCAACUAUUCACACUUACAAUAUGAUAAUGAAAUCCUAUUUUGUGACAAAAAACUAUGAAAUGGGUCACGCAAUUUGGGAUGAAAUGCAACAGAAGGGGUGCUGUCCUGAUGAUAAUUCCUACACUGUAUUGAUUGGUGGGCUUAUAAGACAGGACAGGUCUGGUGAUGCAUGUAAAUAUUUAGAGGCAAUGUUAGAAAAGGGGAUGAAAGCUCCUCAGCUUGAUUAUAACAAGUUUGCUUCUGAUAUUUCUAAAACUGGGAAUACUGUCAUCCUUGAGGAGUUAGCUAGAAAGAUGAAUUUUGUUGGUAAGUUUGAAGUGUCUAAUGUAUUGGCUAGCUGGGUUGACAUGAUGAAGAAAAGCGCGAAGCGAAGAGAGCCUACAAAUUCUGCAAGUCAGUUUACAUGA